ACCUUCUCACUUUCCACUCACUCCUAAAUCAACAACACAACCUACUCACUCAUAAUACCUCCUCUCUCCCACUCUCUCUCUCUCUUGCAAUGGCUGGAAUUCUUCUCCUCACCAUUGCAUCAUUAGCCUCUCUUUUUGCUGCAACCACUGCUCGAAUCCCUGGUGUUUAUAAUGGUGGUCCUUGGCAAAGUGCUCAUGCUACUUUCUAUGGUGGCAGUGAUGCCUCAGGAACAAUGGGCGGUGCUUGUGGGUAUGGAAACUUAUACAGUCAAGGUUAUGGAGUAAACACAGCAGCACUAAGUACAGCACUAUUCAACAAUGGCUUAAGUUGUGGUGCAUGUUUUGAGCUUAAGUGUGACCAAGAUCCACGUUGGUGUAACCCAGGAAACCCAUCAAUCUUAAUAACUGCUACAAACUUUUGUCCUCCAAAUUUUGCUGAACCAAGUGACAAUGGUGGUUGGUGUAAUCCACCUAGAGAACAUUUUGAUCUUGCUAUGCCUAUGUUUCUUAAGAUUGCUCAGUACCGUGCCGGAAUUGUCCCCGUCGCUUACCGCCGGAUACCAUGCAGAAAGACAGGAGGCAUCAGAUUCACAAUCAACGGUUUCCGUUACUUCAACUUGGUUUUAAUCACCAACGUCGCGGGUGCAGGUGAUAUAGUGCGCGUGAGUGUAAAAGGAACCAACACUGCAUGGAUGACAAUGAGCCGUAACUGGGGGCAAAAUUGGCAAUCCAAUGCAGUUUUUGUGGGCCAGGCUUUAUCUUUUAGAGUUACCGGCAGUGACCGUCGUACAUCAACGUCAUGGAACGUGGCACCAUCUAAUUGGCAGUUUGGACAAACCUUCACCGGGAAGAAUUUCCGUGUCUAAAAAGAAGGAAAAAAAAAAAGCAAAAAUCAAAUACUCUACUAUAUUUUUGACUUUUUUGUUUUUAAGUUUCCCUCCUUCAAAUUUUCCUUUAUUUUCCCGGGAAAAUUUUGAAGUUAGGGGGGGUAUAGUAGUAGUAUUAGUAGGGUUUAAAAAGAAAAGUUGGGUAGUUUUAGGAAAAGUAAAGGUGAAAGUGAAAGUAAGUUUAAUUAUAUUAUUAUUAGUAGUUAAUUAAUUAAUUAAUAUAUGAAUGGGGGAGGGGGGUGUUUGUAUUAAAAUAUUAAAUGUGAAAGUGUUACUACUAAAGUGUAAUGUGAUGGGUGAUGCUGGUAUAUUAAUUACCCAGCAUAAGAGACCCAUCUCUUUAUGUUUUUUUUACUCAAAGUGUGUAGGGCUGAAGAGGUUGCAAGGGUAAUGAACAUGUAGCCCGCAGCUCUAGUUAUUAUUAUUAUCAACUAAAGUUUGCUACCAUAUAAUUAAUAAUAUAUUUAAGUUAUUAUAA